AUGAAUCCCUACUCAGGUUAUAAUUCUCGGUCCAGGCUUGAGCAGGUGCCGGCUUCUUGUCUAGAAGAGCACCAUUCUGUGUUGAUUGAUGCCUCUACACAGUUCCAAACUUCAUCACCCUCCAGCUUGAAGGACUGCGAAACAAACUUAGGCUCUCAGGUGACCUCUGAGAAUUCAACUAGCCCUGUUGAUGAUCAUAAUCAGAUCGCGUUUGCCUCUCAUUUGAAAGGAACUGAUAAGCUUACUGGACUUGUACCUAACCAUCAGAGCCUAGAGUCAGCAGAGACUUGUAAUCCGUCUCUAACUCCCCUACUUACUAUGCAAAACCCAGGUUAG